CAACUUCUUUUCAAGUUUAUAUCAACGCCAUUUUGGGUUCGAGAACCACGCGGUUGUGACACGAGUGUGGCGUUAAAGUACAUGUAAAUACAUACAUAAAAUUUUUAAAUAAAUCACACAUCUUGCAUGAAAACAAUAAUGUCUCCAAGUCAGCCUUUGCCUCCAAAAGAGAAUACAUUAUUUAAGCGCAUUUUGAAAUGCUAUGAACAUAAGCAGUAUAAAAAUGGGUUAAAGUUUGCAAAGCAAAUUUUGACAAAUCCCAAAUUUUGUGACCAUGGAGAAACACUUGCUAUGAAAGGUCUUACUCUUAACUGUUUAGGGAGAAAGGAUGAGGCUUAUGAGUAUGUAAGAAAGGGUCUAAGAAAUGAUUUAACUAGCCAUGUGUGUUGGCAUGUUUUUGGAUUGCUACAAAGAUCUGACAGGAAGUAUGAUGAAGCAAUUAAAUGCUACAGAAAUGCUUUGAAAUGGGAUAAAGAUAAUAUUCAAAUUCUCAGAGAUUUAUCUCUUCUUCAAAUCCAGAUGAGAGAUUUAGAAGGUUAUAGAGAUACAAGAUAUCAAUUAUUUAUAUCAAGGCCAACACAGAGGGCGUCAUGGAUAGGUUUUGCAAUGGCAUAUCAUCUUUUAAAAGAUUACGAGAUGGCAUUAAAAAUACUCGAAGAGUUUCGGAAAACGCAAACUAAACGUGGUUAUGAUUAUGAACAUAGUGAACUUCUGCUUUAUCAAAACAUGGUUAUGAGAGAAGCUGAUAGUUUAGAAGAUGCUCUUAGUCAUUUGAACAAAUAUGAAGAACAAAUUUGUGAUAAAUUGAGUGUUAUGGAAGCCAAAGCAAAGCUGCAUUUAAAUUUAAAACACAUGAAAGAAUCCAAGGAAUUGUACAUAGAAUUACUUCAUCGAAAUCCUGAAAACCACUUGUAUUAUAAGGAAUUGGAAAAAGCCAUGCAAGCAGAAACUAUCGAAGAAAAAAUGAAAAUUUACACUGAGUUCCAAGAAAAGUUUCCUAGAGCUCAAACUCCUCAACGAAGGCCUUUAGACUUUACCUCAGGGGAAUUAUUUAAAACACUAGUUGGAAAAUAUAUUCAAAAAGCUCUUCAUAAAGGUGUGCCUCCUUUGUUUGUAGAUUUACGUCCUUUGUACAAAGAUCCUGAAAAAGCUAAGAUCAUUGGGGAUUUAGUACUUGGUUAUGUUGAUUGCUUGAUCAAACAUGAUGUCUUUACUGAAGAUAAAAUAAAUUCAAAAGAAAGAGAGCCUGCAACAGCUCUUCUGUGGGCAUAUUAUUUCCUUGCUCAGCAUUUUGACUAUGUAGGUCCAACUACAAAAGCUUUAGAAUACAUUAACAUUGCAAUAGAUCAUACUCCUACCCUUAUUGAGUUGUUUGUAUGCAAAGCAAGACUUUAUAAGCACUCGGGCGAUAUCCAAGAAGCUGUUCAUUGUUUGGAUGAAGCCCAAGCCUUAGACACUGCAGAUCGAUAUAUCAAUUCCAAGUGUGCCAAAUACAUGUUGAGAGCAAAUAUGGUUAAAGAAGCUGAAGAAAUGUGCUCCAAAUUCACACGGGAGGGUGUUUCUUCUAUGGAAAACUUGAAUGAAAUGCAAUGUAUGUGGUUUCAAACAGAGUGUGCUUUAGCAUAUCAGAGGUUAGGGAAGUGGGGUGAUGCUCUUAAGAAAUGUCAUGAAGUUGACAGGCAUUUUUCAGAAAUUAUUGAAGAUCAAUUUGAUUUUCAUACAUAUUGUAUGAGGAAAAUGACAUUGAGGGCAUAUGUAGGAUUGUUGAGGUUAGAAGAUGUUCUGCAAUCUCAUCCUUUUUACUUUAGAGCUGCCAAAGUUGCAAUUGAAGUUUACUUACAUCUAUAUGACAAGCCUUUAAGAGAAAAUGAAAUAUCAGAAGAAAUUACUACAGCUAAUAUGGCUCCUGCAGAGUUGAAAAAGUUUCGCAACAAGCAACGUAAAGCUCGCAAGCGUGCAGAGCUCGAGAAAGAAAAACAGACAGCAGCUCAAGAACGAAGAGAGCAGCAUAUAAAAUCAAGGCAGCAACAAGAUGGUGAAGCUGAUGGAGUUAAAGAAGAAGAACUUGUACCAGAGAAAUUAGCAAAAGGUGAAGAUCCCUUAGGACAAGCUAUCCGUUUCCUUAAACCCCUUCAAUUAUUAGUCUCAGAACGAAUAGAAACUCAUCUGUUAGCCUUUGAAAUAUAUAUAAGAAAAGAAAAAUUAUUACUAAUGCUGCAAUCAAUCAAAAGAGCUUGGCUGAUUGAUCCCACUCAUCCGAAAUUACACUCAAAUCUAGUUCGUUUCUAUAACAAAGUUUCUAGUUGGAAAGAAAUUCCUUCGCCUGUGGAAACCGUCCUAAAACAAGAAAUGAGUAAGAUUUAUAAGGAUAAAAAUGCUCAUGAACUUAACGAAGAAUUUUUAGUUCACUAUUCUAAUUCAUUGCCUCAUCUACUACAAGGUGCUCGAAUGAAGUAUUUUGUCGAUAAACAGUCACAAGAAAAAGCAAUUAGUUAUGUCAUGAAUUUAAACAAUCAAAUGAAAGAAGUGACAUUACAGAAUUGCCUUGAAGUGCUGGAAGCAAUGAGAAAUGGCGAUCUUGGCUCCUGUGAUAAAGAAAUGACCUCUUUCCUAGCCAAAUGCCGAGAACUGUUUCCUUAUGCUGCAGUUUUCAGGCAACCGACACAUGAGAACAAUGGCCCAACAACCAAUUCUGUUGCCAACCAUGUAGACAGUAUACUCAAAGAAGAAUAAUAUAUUAGUACAUGUGUAAAAUAAUAAUAAAUUUAAAUUCAACCUGUGCUGUCCUCUUCUCAAACUCAAUAUCCAUUAAAUUGGAGGCAGCUUCAGACACAAGCAUAUGAUGCGAUCAUCUCUCUCUCUCUCUACUGUGCUCUCAGGUCUUACCUAGCAACAGUGUGCCUAUAUGUGUGCUGAAUCAUGCCAAGACACAGACUUUUGAAAUGGAUGAUAAAUAUAGUUAUAGUUUUUUUUAAAGAAAAAAAAACAAUGUGAACUCCGUAACUGGUGAUUUCGAGGCUUUUUGCGCCUCCUGUAAGAAACUUAAAUUUUGAAGAAUGCCGUUUGAGCGGAGGACCUUAUGUUGGGAAUGUUUUGUAAUAAUGAGUAAAAAUAAAUAAACGAGUUCGUGAUCGGAAGUAUGAUUACAUUUUACUAGUCUGUUUCAACUAUAUUAUCAAAGACUAUUAGUUAACUACAGUAAAAAAAAAAAAAAGACUGUGACUUGAUUAGUAUUUGCUUUAUUAGGAAUGCACUAAAAUGCUGUGAUACAUGAUCUAUUGACAAUUUUUAAAAUUGUUUAGGUUUUUCUUUAAAAUAUCAUGAUGUUAAUGUUUUAAUUGACAUGCUAUUCAACUGAAUUUUGCAACAAAAAAAAAUUGUUUUGUUAUUAAAUACUUAAAUGCCUUUUUAAUGAACUAUAUGUAAAAAGAAACGAUCCAAAGUUUUGUUGUAAAGUUUUAUUAAUUGUAAAAUUAAACUUUACAUUUCAUACAGUAAAGCACUGUUUAUCUGAUUCACAGAAUUUGUAAUCUAUAACUUUAUAUAAAAAAAAAAUUAUUAUUUAUUAUAUUCAAAAGACCAUUUCGUCAUAUAUAAACACACACAUAUAUAAACUGCACUUGCUUUAUUUCCAUUAUUUAAACAAAAAUUAGAAUUUUUAUUUGAAUAGUUCCAAUAAUUUGAGUAGAAUUAGCUAUACAUUUUAAUUCAUAGUUGCGAGAAACUCAAAUUUAUAAAAAAUGUAAGAUUUAUUUAUCAAAACUUAUCUGUUUUGAAAAUCUUUAUUACUUAUUUUACAAAAACAAAAUGUAGUUAGCAAUUUUUACUGUUUAAACUGUUCUUCUGCCUUGAAAGUUUCUUUACUGAAAGAAAGGGAAAAAAAAGGAAAUAGACUGUGCCAAAAUUAAACCAUUGUCACAGAGAGGAAGGAUGACAAUGUAGAAUAAAAAAUUUUGGAAAUGUAAAUAAAAUUGUGUAAAUCUAUUUUACAUAGUUAUGGAAAAUGUUAAUAAAGCUAAAAGUCAUCCAGACUUAGCUAGCAUUAUGUAUGAAUUUAAAAGGCAUAGAAAUAAACAGUGCUAUGCUGUGGAUUGUUUUUUUGGAUUAUUAAGCUUAAAGAAAGUAUUAAUAAUAAAGUAUUGAUUGAUUUCCAUGGUGAAUUUUGAACACUAAAAAAUGCAGGUGAUGUCUACCCCUUUUGAAUUUUAUAUUUCAGUAAAAGCUCAAGAUCUUGAUUAAUUUCAUUAUUUGAAUAGUGAUAAGUCUUAGUGUUUUUUUCCAGAACAUUUUUAUAUUAAACUGUUCCUUUGUACUGUUUACAGAUGCAUACUUAACGAGUUUCCAAAAUUCCUGGUAGAUAUCAGCCCAAUUCAAUGAAGCAUACUAUUACCUUCUUGAAAGUGAAGUGUUUUUCGUCAAAAAUGCUUUUUAAAACACACUAUUUUCUGAUCUCCUCCUAAACAAAAUAAUUACAUACAAUGAGGAAUAUAACUAUCUUAAAUCUAAUUUUUGGUUUAUAACACUGGAAUUUUUGCUAUUAAAUAUGAUUAUCAAUUUUUACUGAAAGUUUCAAAACUUUUAAUUAAAAGUCAUGUUUAGAUAAAGAAGUUUUUAUAUCAGAAUGAACAUCUUACUUUGAAAUGAUUUUCCUCAUUUCAGUAAAUAUUACCUUCAACAUUUCUUGUUAUAUUACAAUUAUUUGUUUUAUGUUUGUUAAAUCCUUAACAUUGGGGGAACGUAUUCUUUUUUGGAAUAGGGCCAUAGAAAAUAAUGUUUUGGCUUGCGAGCAAUAUUUUGAUUGUCAUUUAUGAGUAAUAUUCUUAAAAUCAGUAAAAAAAAACAAAAUAUCGAAUUGUUUUAAAAAUUAGUUGGAGAGUGCAUCAAAUUAUAUUUAUUUACAAAGAGUGUAUAAUAUUUUUGAUGUGAGAAUAAUUUUCUUAUUUGCACAGUCUUUUAAAAUGGAAGUUAGUGUGAAGAGGAAUUAUAAUUUUCUUUUUUUAAAGCAGGUUAUAUAUUUUUCGGUUUGAAGAUGGAACUUGCACCUCACCUUGUCCAUUGAGGACAUACCUUGCUCUCGAAUAACCUUAGAGGUUGUGUACUCCUAAUUAACAUUUGCAUUUUCAAAUGAAAUCUUUCAGGAUUGUGAAUUUUACUGAAUUUAAAAAGGGACUAUCUUUCUAGGGUUAUUACUUUUUACAGCUUAAAAAAUCUGCUAUUUGACUAAUUAUCUGAUUUCCGCACUCCUUGUAACAAAAAAAAAAGUUUAUUUGGUUUUUUAUUACUAUAUUACAGACAUGUCAUUUCUUUUAUGAUGAUUUCUAAAUAUUUUAUUGAACAUGAACACUUGUGAAACAUGAAUUUUUUUAAAAAGAAUAUUUAACAUUUUAGAAAUGGCCAGGGACUUAUUGUAUUGAACAAAUCAUUUUAUGAUUUUAGUUUUUCCUCAAAAUGGAUUGUUGUUACUUUUUUUUAGCUCAUGUAUGGCUUUAUUCUUAGUGUAUUCUUAAUAAAUUAAAAGCUGUGAAUGAAUAAUUUUUAUGAAAAACUGUUUUUACUUCAUAAAGUUUGAUUGUGUUACUUGCCCACUUUGUGCCUGUUUUGUUUACUUGCUUUAAAAUGUGCUUAUUUAUGCCAAAAAUUUUGUGGGACUUUUUGAGAUUGAGUCUUUCAUAUCUUUAAGUUAACUUUUUUCUAAUAUUAAAUCAUUUUUCAUUUGCAAUUCUUUCUUGUGACUAUUUUAAUUAUUCUGAAUUUUUUAUUAUUAUAUUCCAAUUAAACAUUAAAAUAUUUUGUUUAAAAAUAUCAUUUUGAAACAAUUGAAUUUCUUUCUUUUUUUUUUUUUUUAAGAGAGCAGCCAAUAUUGCCUUUUUUUAAAAAGAAAACAGACAUAUUUUAGUAAAUUCUAUCCUCUAUGCAAAUAUAUUGUUGAAAAUUUAUUGUUAUUUAACACUAGAAAGACUGACAUAGGCAAAAAAGUCCAUUUUCUAGUGUUCAUAUUUCUGCCAAAUGCCCAUAACUUAAAAAAUUUCUAUGCCUUUUUAUUAUCAGCUGUACACACAUAUAUCUCUGGCAAUAAAUAAAGAAUGUAUCAGUA